CACCUAUGGUUCUUCUUAUGGUGUUUACCGACCUACCAAAAGAACAAGAGAGAAAAAGAAAAUUCCAAUUUUCUCCAGAAAAAGCACACAUUUUCCGGGAAAUAGAAAACCUCAAACCCAAACCAAACCAAGCUCUCCCGGUUCGAUGAUCUCCAUCCGCUAAUUCCUUCUCUCCGUAGUAUGAUGAGGUCAGGCCCUGACCUCUUCUUGCACAAAGUAAUUACAUUUUCGAUUUCAGAAAUUAAUGGAAAGAGAGCGAACUGUUCCUCCAGAACUAAAAACGGAAGGUAACGAAUCGGAGAAAUUGAAAUUGAUCGAAUGGGAAGAUUACGAGCAGGAAGUUGCGAGACUGUGGAGCCUUUCCUCUGCUCUAAAAGAAGCUAGGGAAAAGAAGCUGAGUCUUCAACAAAAGCUCAAUUCUUUCAUUCAGGUCGAAUCCGAGUCAUUAAGUAGAUUGAAUGAGCUUGAGGAGAUGCACCAGAACUUGGAGGCCAGAAAAUUGGCAAUGGAAAGCAUAUCAGCUAGUUCGAAGGUUGCAUCAGAGGAUGCCAAAAAGGAAGAGCAGAGGCUAAGUAUGGAAGUUAGAUCUCUUUUGGUUGCGGGCACUGCACUUUCUGCAGCUAGUAAGCAACUGCAGGAAUCAAAGAGGUCACUUUCUGGAGAGAGGGGUUAUGGUCGUCUUAGAAACUUGCAGAAGAAGCUUAGACUGAGGCAACGGAAUAUGAUAUCACAAGUUGCAUUGCUUUAUCCUGUAAAGAUAUCAGCUGGACCUUCGGAGGAGCAAGAACUUGAAUCAUUUCCAAGCACUAGUAGAUCAGGGAACUACACUGGAUCUAAACCCGUCAAUCAAGGAUCCUUAACAAUUUUAGGUCUACAUUUGUCUAUGCUUCCUUUCACAAAGAUGAGUUUUUUCACUGAUAAGAAGGAGGUCCAGAAGUCUGCAACUGCUCUGGGAUAUGUUGCCCAUGCUGUAUCACUCAUUGCCUCCUACUUAAAAGUUCCUUUGCGUUACCCUGUGCGCUUGGGUGGGUCUCGGUCAUAUAUUAAUGACUAUGCACCUUCCACUGAACCUUCAUCCUCUGAUUUGCUAACAAGUUCAUCAUCCAAUGCUAAUCCAAAGUCUGUUGAAUUUCCCCUUUUUUUGGAAGGUCAAGAUACAACACGAGCAGCUUAUGCUGUAUUCCUGUUAAACAAGAUAAUGAUGUUAUUGUUAAGUUGAGGAUUCUCCUCUAGAGGGUGGUGGUGAUCUGUUCUUGGAACUCCACUUCUCAUUCCCUAUUUACUUGUUUCUCUUUUCGAGUCAAGUCUUUGGUGGGGUGCAGAAUAAUCUGGGGCUUAGAGAAGGCUUGCUAGCAGUCUUGCUCAUUUAACCUGUUAACCAAUGGUCUUUUGAUAGAGAUUCCUGCAGGUUAUUGGUGCAUUAGUGAAACAUUUUAUGGUAAAGCUGAUUUUUCUACUUGAUUUUGAUCUUGUACCUUGUCCCGAAUAACGCAUAUUUCAUGGUUGUAGGAUUUGGAGCAGCUUUUGAAUUAUAUUGGUGUUAAAAGUUUAGGACCACGCCAUGUCUUGGCUAAUUUGAAGGAGCUCACACGUGUAAUUCAGUCUGCAGAGUUUUUAGAAACAUGAUGAGAUCUUGUUUUGACCUCUAACUUAGCAACUUCUUUGUAAAUGAUUUACUUGAAUUGAUACAAAGGUGCAAUUUUUUUAAUGUAGCACCUUGCCAUAUAUCCUUGUCAAUUCUUAAUUGAUAGAAGCCUUGGUUAAUGUGGAUCCCUUUUUUUCUUCUUC